AUGAUGCUGCUUUCCGCGGAACGAGGGAGGCAAGAUUUCGGGUAAGAAAAACUCCAGUAGCAGAACAAGUUUUGCCUUAUCUCGCUCGGUCUACCAGUUUUUGUUCGCUACUUCGCUUCGGGUGUCGAUUUAAUUUUCAAGAGUGGAGAACGACAGUUACCACGAUCGUGUCUUCUUCUUCCCUCCUCCGAUGCUUCAAGGUGGAACCCUUUUCGCAGUCGUAGCGUUGGUUGUUGGGAAAUGGAAUCCAGUUUGAGACAUUGAAGUGUUGAUAAGGAGGAAAGUUCCUCGCUUUCCUGUUUUUUUUUUUUUUUUUGGCUUUCUGGAGCGAGGUAGGGAGAGAUCUUCCAAAUUUAGCAACACCACGAUGGCACAUUGGAUAAACUGGAAUCCUCUUGCUGAUAACAUCGCCGGAUAGUUUUGGGGCGGUUCUUGUUGCAGAGGAGGUGAGAGACGGCCAUUGAAGUAGGAAGAUUUGAGCGUAUGGGUUUCGGAAUGGAUUUAAAUAGGAAAGUUCUUCAUCGUCGCAGCAUGAGCAUGAGGAUAUCAAAGUCCAGCCUCCUUUUCCUGUAACGCCUGCGAAAACAUCUACCGUGGAAAGACGAUCGAUUCCCAGCAAUGGUCCGAGGUGCGAUAACCAAUCUGAAUUAAAUUGGUCCGAAGCUGUGCGGAGAUUCAAUUCUGAAGGAGAAGGAUCUCCUUCCACGAUGUCCGUUAGUUCGAAUGAUAUGGCUGCUUCGAAGGGGAACCAUUUCUUCACAGUCCUUUGGCAAUCUCAAAUUUCUGAUGGAGGCCCUAUUCCCGUAGAUGAGUCGCUGUUCCAAAAUCCAAGCCUUCUGAAUGAGAAUACGGUAACUGUGGAUAAGAUUGCUGCCAUGCCAUCAUCUACACCUACUAAUAUGGCAAAGAAUGAAGCAGGAAAAGUAUUGGCCAAUGUGUCUGUGGAGUGGAAACCUCCAAGAGAAAAUGAGGCUAUAUCUUCCACAGACAGUGCAAUACUAACAGCUUGUGAUCCUGUUUUAGCGAGUUUAUCAGAUUCUCUAAUACCAUCUUUAUUUGAGUCGGAUGAUCAACCACUAAAAUCCCGGAAGGGAAAGCAAGAAAAUCAAGCUAUAUAUUUGAAUGAAACACCGCAGCAGAACCUUAGGAAGAGAAAACACAGGCCCAAAGUCGUCCAAGAAAGCAAGUCAGUGAGGACACCAAAGCCAAAAACUCCUGUAACCGAUGAAAGAAGUCCAGCUGGAAAGAGGAAAUAUGUGCGCAAAAAAUUUGUAAAAGGUUAUAAUUCUCCCUCCACCACAUUAACUGAUGCUACUGACCUGGAUAAUUCAAAUAUUAGAUCAGUUAGACAAUGUCUGAACUUUGAGUUGGAAGUGCUGGAAGCAAGAGAUGUAUGUCAAGGAUCAGCAUUUGCAUCUACAACUGAUGGUCAACCUGAAAGUUUGGCUUCACAUCAUGGGGAAUCUAUGAAUUAUAUAAGUACAAUGUCGACCAUUCAGCAUUCGCAACUGUGUGAUCCAGCUGUGCAUAACCUAGAAAAUGGAAUGCCAUUUGAUCUCAAUUAUUCAGUUGAUCAAACAAGAUCCUCAAUAAGUCAAAGUGCAACUCAAUUCUCUAGCAGUGAAAAUUUAAUGACUAAACAUAUAUUAGAUCAUUCUGAUUCCAUUCUACAAAAAUGCAGUGCACCUCAGUUUGCCAAAGGUAAAUUGGCAUCUGAUGACUGUAUUGACCAGACAACUAAUGACAGACACCAAGAUAGAAGCAAUUUCCUGUCCAAUUCAAUCAGCACAUCAUGCAUGAUGUUCAAACAGAAAAAAGGAGUCUGCACUUUCAUUGAAUGUGCUUGUAUCUCAAGCAAUGGCAAUCUGAUUCAUGCCUUCGAUAAGAAAAAUCAGCUUAAUGGAUCCUGUGGUAUGAGUAACCAGGACUUGCAUUCACCAGCAAGGUUCAAGAAGAAAAUAAAAAAUAGCGACAUUGAGUGCACAGGAGAUGCCUCAUUUGAAAAGCUGUGCAUUCCUUGCAAUAAUUGCAGAGAAAACACUAUGGCAUUGAAUAAUGUUCAUGUGACGCUUGAUGACCCACAAAUUUCAGAACAGUUUCAGCCUUUUGACAAAAUAGAUCAAGGGAAAUCAGGAGUAACAGUUCAGAAUCAUCAUCCAAACACAAAUAAUUCAUCUUGUGACAUCUUUCAUGAAGCACAGCCUCUAAACAACCACGGAAUCUGCAGUUCUAUGCAGACAUUUAAAGAUAAUGAUAGUUUUAAAGAUUUGAUUUUUGAGAUUCGGGAUUGCAAUGAUGCCCAUCUUGUCAAACCCAGCUAUAUAGCAAGACCAAAAAGGGACACUUCUCAGUCAACAAGUAGGGAUGAAGUAGAUUUCCAAGGACAUCUGAUGCCUCUAUGGAAGUCUGAUUUAGGACUAAAGGUUCCUGAUUCUGCAGCAAUGCUUUCCAGAGAUCAAACAGAGAACAUUUCCCAUCUUAGGUGUUGUUCAAAAUGUCAAAUUGACAUAAAUUUUCAAAACUCAUUUGGUUCCAAUUUGAUUCCACUAGAAAUGGACCUAUGUGGAGAUCCUGUAGGUGAUAUAGUUGAAGAGAUUAGACAUAUAGCUAUAAAUGAGACCCAUGCGAAUGCUAGAGAAAUAUCUGAAAAUGCUCUAAUUCCUUACAAUGGGGGUGGUGUAAUGGUUCCAUUCAAUGGACAGAUUAAUCUUUCAAAGAAACGAAACCAUCGACCCAAGGUUGAUCUGGAUGGAGAGACAUUCAAAGUAUGGAAUCUAUUGAUGGGAAAAGGAGGCAAUGCUGGUGCAGAGAAACAAGAUAGUGAAAAGGAGAACUGGUGGAAAGAAGAAAGGAAGGUUUUCCAUGGACGGGUAGAAUCUUUCAUUGCAAGGAUGCAUCUAGUUCAAGGGGAUAGACGCUUUUCACAGUGGAAAGGAUCAGUGGUUGACUCAGUUGUUGGUGUUUUCCUCACACAAAAUGUUGCAGAUCAUCUUUCAAGCACUGCCUUCAUGGAUCUUGCUGCAACAUUUCCUUCAAAGUCUAAAGAAGAUAAUGAAGUAGAUCAGGUGGAGAAGAGUCACCUAGAUAUGGAAAUUCAAAUGGAAUGCAUCAAAUUCCCAGAUUAUUGUAAGAAAUUUCAAGAACAGAUGUUGAGCAAAGAGUUGCAUGACCAAAUCUCUCAAGGCCCUAUAUGUGUAAAUGAAGGUUACGACAUCAAAUCAUUCUCUAGUGGAACUGAAGUUAACAUUGCAGGCAUCUCCGGGAAUCAGAUUGUCGUACACGAACCUGACAAUAACUUAGGCAUGACAGCAAGACUGACAGGAAGUACACAACUAGAAGAAGCCGAUAACAGAUUGUCAUUUGAUGACAUUGCUUCAUCGCCUAAUUCUGUUGUUUCACCUCAAAACUUCUCAGGAAAACUAGUUCAGGUAAAUAAUGGGAUCCAACUAAACUCAUUGUCAAUCUGCCAAGAUGAAGAUUUGAUAACUGGAAGCAUACUCAAUUUGGGAUACUCACCCUCAUUCUUAGAGCUUUUACAGAUGGCAGAGAUGAUGAAAGAAGGUAAAUUUCAAGGUGGAAAUGAUUGGGAGGAGUAUAUAAUCCCAGAAAGGAAAAUCUCAUGUCCAGAGCAUGGCAAUUUAGGCAUUUCAACUGCUUGCAAACCAUCUUCUUCCCAUGAAUUCUCAGCAUCUGAAUUGACGGAUGUGAUGAGUGUAAAUUUAGAAAGUGAUAGUUGCAGCUUAGACAAGGUGAUCAUUACAAAUGGUGAGAAGCAAAUUGAUGCUGCAGUUAAUUUUUCCCUUGUCACAACAACUGAGAAUACUGUCCACCCAAAGGUAAUGCUAGUUCGUGACCAUAGGCUUGAAGGGGACUCUUUUGCACAAAUUGGCACACUUUCUUCACAGAAAGUAACUAGCUUAGAGUCUGAAGUUAGAAUCUGCGAACAAUUUUCCCAUCAUAACGACUUUCAGAAAAGGGAAAAGGAGGUCUCAACUAGUGAAUCCAUUUACUGGAUGCAUUCACAUUUAAAUGGCGACAAUAAAGUUGAAAUUCAGGCAGAAGAAUAUGAUAAUCUCCAGGCUGACAAAGCAGAUAGAGCUAAGACUCAACUACACAAUCAACAACAAGUUUCAAACCUUUCUAAUGGACAAAGAAAUACAUCGAAGGUGUUUCAUGAUGUCAAAUUAAGCCUAAAAAAUGAGUUAUGCAUUUUACAGAUGGUUUCAGCUGAAACAGCAAGUGUACUGGAAGACAAAUUGGUUAAAGUUGAAAAAGAUAGCAAGGAGCCCUGUGACUGGGAAAUAUUGAGGAGAGAGAUAAAUCCAAGUGACACAAGAAGAGAGAGAAAAGAAGAGACAAUGGACUUAUUGGACUGGGAAGCAGUAAGACGAGCAGAUGUAAAGGAGAUAGCUGAAGCCAUCAGAGUUCGAGGAAUGAACAACAAGCUAGCAAAGAGGAUCCAAGAUUUUCUCAAUAGACUAGUGAAUGAUCAUGGAAGCAUUGACCUUGAAUGGUUAAGGGAUGUUGAACCAGAUAAAGCAAAGGAUUAUCUCUUAAGCAUACAUGGAUUGGGACUUAAAAGUGUUGAAUGUGUACGCCUUUUAACACUCCAACAUCUAGCCUUUCCUGUUGAUACUAAUGUUGGCCGGAUAUGCGUAAGGCUGGGAUGGGUUCCCUUGCAACCGCUGCCUGAGUCCCUGCAGUUACAUUUGCUAGAGAUGUAUCCGUUCCAGGACAGCAUUCAAAAGUAUCUUUGGCCCCGGCUAUGUAAGCUUGAUCAGCGAACUUUAUAUGAACUACACUAUCAAAUGAUUACCUUUGGAAAGGUUUUCUGCACAAAAAACAAACCGAACUGUAAUGCAUGUCCAAUGAGGGGUGAAUGCAAACACUUUGCAAGUGCAUUCGCCAGUGCAAGACUAGCACUUCCAGGGCCCGAAGAGAAAAGCUUGACGAUUUCCACAAGAUCUCCUUCCUAUGAAAAUUGUAAAUCCAAUUUACAACCAAUGCAUGUACCACAAAUUGAGUUCAACCGAGACCUGAAAGAAACAAGUAAUGGCAAUAACUGUGAGCCAAUUGUUGAAGAGCCAUCAACACCAGAGCACAUAGAAACAGAAGAAAGUGCAAUAGAGGAUAUGUUUUGUGAAAAUCCUGAUGAAAUCCCUACUAUUAAUUUAAACUUUGAAGAGUUCAGCAACUACUUGCAUGACUAUAUGCAAGAUGACGCAUCAAAAGCAUUAGUGGUGGUAAGUCCAGAAGCUGCUUCUAUUCCAACAACGAAGCUCAAGAAUAUUAGUCGGCUGCGAACAGAGCACCAUGUAUACGAGCUUCCAGAUUCACAUCCUUUAUUGGAAGGAUUGGACCGAAGAGAAUCUGAUGAUCCUUCAUCAUAUCUGCUGGCUAUAUGGACUCCAGGUGAGACGCCACAAUCCAUUGAACCACCAGAGACACUCUGCAACUACCAGGAAUCAGGUAAAUUGUGCAACAAAAUCACUUGCUUUGCCUGCGACAGUAAACAAGAAGCAGAAGCACGAACUGUUCGAGGCACAAUUUUGAUCCCAUGUAGAACAGCAAUGCGAGGAAGUUUCCCACUCAAUGGCACCUAUUUUCAGGUCAACGAGGUAUUUGCAGAUCAUGAUAGUAGUUGUCAUCCAAUUGAUGUUCCUAGAGAAUGGUUAUGGAGCCUUCCAAGGAGGACAGUUUAUUUUGGUACCUCAGUAACAACAAUAUUUAAGGGUUUAACAACUCAAGAAAUACAGCUGUGCUUUUGGCGAGGUAAGAAGGCAAUUCCUAAUUUCCGUAGCUAUAAAUUAAUUCUUUACACCAUAAUUUCUAUUCAUCAAGAAAAGUAAGAAUCUCUUAGUAGAGUAUGCAUCAAGUAUUAAAGAAGGGUAAUAAUAAUAAUAAUAAUAUUGGAGAUUAAGACCACUUUUAAAACAUCAACUGAAACCAAAUGUAAAAGAAAAGAAAAUAUUCUAGAGAAAUGAAAUAAUUUUAUUCCUAAAAUGACUGAAUAAAUUUGUUAUUCUAUCUUCACAAUUGCUCAAUUACAACCUAUCAAAUUGAUUUAUUCUCCUGAAUAAAAGGAUAUAUAUCAUAAUGAACAUUUAUAAAAUCUUUAUUUUUUUGUAAAAGUAAAUACUUAAUUUACAUUAUUCUCUCUCAAAUAAAUUGUAUAUUUUAAAUUGAAGUAUUUUUUUUUCCAAUUAGUGAGAAAUAAUAGUAACCUUUUGAGUAUUGAUCUUUAUGGAACAGUUAAGGUGUCAAUUCUAAUGAAUAUGGAAUAAUAAUAACAUUUGGAUUUUAAUGUAAAAAAUUAAAAGGGCUGAUUAUCAGAAUUAUUAAAAGGGUAUUUCUUUUUUAGAAAAUAUCAAAAGAGCACAGCAUAUUUCUUUAUAAAAAAAAUUAUUCCAAUGUUAUUAUAGCAGCUAGAGUAGCUAGUGUAACAUGUAACAAUUGUAACGUAGUUGUUAUAAUGUAUUAGAGUAAAUUAUUUUUUUAGUUCAACACUUUAGCAUAUUUCUUUAUAAAAACUAUUUUUAUUUCAAUGUUCUUGUAACAACUAGGAGUAAAGGCUAUAAUGUGUAAUAAGUACAUCUUAGUUGUUACAGUGUGUUAUAAAUUAUUAUUUUUAGUUCAAGUUGAUCAAAAAUAUACAUAAAACACUUUAAAUAAAAAAAUACUUUAUCAAGUUACUAAAAAAAAUUUAAACUCCAUCAAAAUCGCUUCAAUAAUAUUAAAAGCAUUGUAAAAUUAUUGUAAUAAUCAUUAUUGGCUAUUACAUUAUUGUAAUAGCGAAUUGGUGACUACUACACAUAGUGGCUAUGUAAUUAUUUGAUAUGCUCCCACGGGCAUAGUUGAGGAGGUAAGUGGAUGAAGAUUUGUCAUUUGAGAUCGAGAGAUCAAAAGAUCAAACAUUAGGGUUGACGGGGUGUAAAUCCUUACAUGUAUAACUAACUCCCUCCUCCCAAUCCACCUGUAAUAAGUUUAUAGUGAUUUUAAUAUUUUUUUAAUCGA